UCUAACUCGAAACUUGUUGCAUUGAUCGCCAAGUCAAGGAUCUUUUGAACUCAUUAAUUAUAUCGAUCUCCACGAACUAGAGGACGUAGAGGCAGCACAUCACAGUUUUAUCCGUAAGAAAGGAAAGGGAUAAGUCAAGAGAGGGCAAUGUUGCUUUCUGCGAGGACGGCUGCACUGAAUAAAGUGUUUGUUGACAUGAUCUCCGUGGGCCGUUUCCAAGUGUUUAGUUGGUGACAAGAACAAUUCCAGAUGUUCUCUUUUAGGGAGGUUGAAAAAAAUCAUGCAGCAUAAUAUCUAAACGAUGAAGACAAACCUAUGUUUGUGAGUCAAGAAUGAUGAUGAGGAACAGUAACACAAGUAGGGUCUCAAGACAACUACACUUUGCAAAUGGUUUUCCACCAAAAGGUCUGGUGCAGGCUGCAGUUCCCUUCCAACAGUCGACAUACACAGUACCAGCUGUCAAGCACUAUGUCAGCUUGGAUGAAGUUUCACCUGGCCGAAUUAGAAGAACUCAGCGGACAAUUCCACCUCUGGCAAUGGGGCGUGGUCAGUUCUGUAGUAUCAGAGCUAGACCUGAAGAUGAGCGAUAUAAGAGGAGACCAGACCCACUCAAAUUACCAAAGCCAGCUGAGAAGACUGGAUUUUCUGCUUCACAAAUUAAGCAUGCUAAGCCAAGAAUUUUGAGAGCAUGUCGUUCAACAGAGCCAGCAUCUCCCUCUCCUGUUUCUACUCCAGUCUAUGAUAUGAAAUAUUUAACCAGGAGAACAGCUCAUUCCACUCCACCAAACAGGCGCCAUGAAAGUGAUCUGGAAGAUGACUUCGUACUUCCAAAAGAACUGAACUUCAAAAACAACAAAAUUAUAUCUGAUGUUGAAAAACAAACAAUUCAGGCAGAGCUUGCCGGGCUUGAGGAAGUCUAUCAACGAGUGUGUCAUGGAAGAAUAGAGUCUUUACACAGUCUGGUGUAUCCUUGUCGAAGAGAUACCAAAAGAGGUUUGGUGCAGUACAUAAACACCUCUGCCCCAGUGCAGCUGAGGAGUCCAAAGAUUUCUCAUUACUCCAAGAAAGCAUCUGCUGCUAAAAGUCUGAAACAUAAAGAGGAAACUGAAACAGCUGAAACAAAUGGUAUUAAAGAGACAAACAAUGAGGAAUUACAGGAAUCUACUUCUGCUCCUGAUAUAGAAAGCAAGCAAGAGAACAACAAUCGACCAAUUCUGAUCCCUCUUCCAUAUAUCAGAUCAGAUGUCAGUUUAACAGCAAUUGCAAAACAGCAACAUCAGACCUACCAUGUACCUCAUAUAUAUAGCAGUAGGAAUACCCAUGCAGCCUUGAGGCAGCCCUCUACACUCAAUAACACUGCAGUACCUGCUGUCAUAAACAUUAAUCCAAUGAGCAUACCACAGCAGCCUCACCCAGGAGCAAAGAAUGGCACACCUACUAGCAGUGUAGUCACGGUAACUGUAACAAACAAGUUCAGCAGUAAUGCAGCAAAUGCUGUUCCAGAAGCAGCUGAAGGUCACAAUUCUAUUCCUGCUCCUUUUGUCUCCCCUAGUCCUUGUAAAAGAACUACACCCAAUCAGACACCAGCAACACCAGCAUUGGUUGAUGUAGGGAUUGACUUGUUAAAUAAACUGGAUGUGGAAAGUGUGGACUCUGAAGUAGAUUAUCCUGCUCAGAAUGUUACGGAAAGCUUGACCAAUAAUCAGGGAGAAGAAACGACAGCUUCAAAUCAUACAGGAGAUGAUGCUAGCAAAAAUCUUGCUGAAGAAAUGGUGGCAAGCCAAAUUAGGCUAAGUGUCACCACAAUAGGUGGCCUAGAAGGAGGUGUGGAAAUUUUUGAUUAUACCAAAAGAGACAUUGAGAGUGAACAACAAGCUGCAAAACAUCUUGAGGAGCUGAACCAAAUUGGAGAGAAACAUAUUAAAGAGUACAGUGAUCUUCUUGAGGAGCAUCAGCAUAUUUUGGAUGAGGUCAAGCAACUUGAACAAGAACUUCACAAAGAGUAGACUCACUAGACAGUUGUUUUUUCAGAGUAUCACAAGAAUUAAUCAAAACACAGUCUCCUGUGAGUAGAUUGGUUUGUCAGCCAUCAGCCUCAAUCACCUUGGCUAGAUUUAAUUUUUUUUUUUAUUUGCAUCUGAGAAUUUUUACUGAAAGUAACUUUUUUGCCCUGGAUCUAUCUGGCUCCUACCCCCCACCCCUUUUGUAUAUUCAGCACCUGCAGUAUAGAAAUUAGGAAAUAAUUUAUUUUGACCUUAAUCUCACAAAACACUGGGAAACUUCAUUCAGCUCAAGGAGAUAAUGUCUCCUUGCAUUGAUACCCUAAAGCUUUGAUUAUCAGCUAAUUAUUAUUAAUGUCCAAUUGUUAAAAAACUUUAGCACAAUAUUUUUUGUUUUUCUUUCAAAAGCUCUGUUAAUUAGGCAGUGGAAUAAAAGCGCAAUUAAAAAUGCUUUACAAUGCUUUACAUUUAUAAUACAAAUCAAAGACAACUUUUUCUAAAUCACAAAAUAAUUUUAAUACUUAAAAUGGAAUUAGUUGUAGGAACCUUUAGAGUUCAUGGCAAGAGUUAUUUGUUGAAGGAAAUUUUCCAAUUUCAAGGUGUGGAUUAGCCAUUGUUGAUCAGGAUGACCAUCUCAUGUUUGAUACAUAAAUUGAAGGCAGCAAAUGAGACCCAAAAAAGACUUAGCAACUGCUAAAUGGUUGAUGAGAUGAUUAAUGAAAUUUGCAUCCCUCUUUUUGUAUAUAAAGAGAUACUGAAUCACAUUUUGAGAAAAAAAUUGCACUACCAUGCUAGUUACCAUAUUAUGGUAUCAAAUACCAAAUUUAAGAUGGCAUGAAUGAAUAGUAUCUCAGCACGGAUCUCCUUUGUAUUAUUUAAGACAGUUGAGUAACAAAUUUGCAAUAAACUGUGUGACAAUG